CAAAUCAGUUGGCGGGAAAGUCAUGUUCGCCAUGUUGUGCGAAGAUUGAAACACAAUCUUCUCCAUUAUUUGUCCGCUUAUUUUCUCAAAGGCCUACAAUCUAAAAUUGAAAUGGAUGCCUUUCUACGUGGGCAAACUUCUUCUAGCGGUUCAUCGAAGCUAAAGCAGGCAGCAAGCGAAGAGAGCGCCGGUCCUUCGAGCAAGAGGGUCGCUGUUCCAUGGGUUGAAAAAUAGUGAGUAUAAAUGUUUACUCGUUUUUCUUUGAAAAUGUGAAAAGAUAAACUGUCAAUGGAAAGGCUAGGUAAACUGCAGAAUAACGGAUCUCGCUGAAUAAGAAAAGCUCUUUUGUGUUAUAUGUCCUGGAAAUUUUUAAAGUUACAAAAUUAUGCUGUUGAGUUCUUCUUUAUUGCAGAAACAUUGCUGCAAACAUUUUUUCCUUGGUUUGUACAGAAAUUACCAAAUCUUGUGCAAAAUUCAUCCACUUCACAACCAGCAACAACCGACCCACUCCCUCUCCCUAAGGGCAAAAACAGGUCCCCCUUUCCCAAGACAACGGUGUUCUUUCUUGAUUGAUAUUAGCUUGAUAAUAUUGGUUAGUGUACAUUAUACACUUAAUGUCAGAUCCCCAAGGAAACAGUUAGUUUUGUUUCCCGAGAGUCCCGAUCUUUCCUUCGUCUCGGGAAACAUCAGGACUCUCGGGAAACAAAACUAACUGGUUUUCUGAGGAACCUGACAUCAAGUGUUUUGUUAUCUUUCUAGACUUUCACUUCAACAACGACAAAAAAAUAACCAGAGCGAAUCAAAAGAGUCGACUCCAUUCUGAUAAGAGCACAAAUUUAAUUCUCAGAAUCACAGAAUGAAUGAUGUACAAAGUACUUUCCUAAUAUUAGCUGCUUCUUUUUCCUCCACUAGCUGCUGUUUCUCUUCAGGGAUAACGUUGAAAAUCGUUGCCUUUUAGCUUGAGGCUUGAUGUUUGUGUUGUCGUGUUCAUUCACGAAAAAGAAAACUGGCAGUGUUUUUCCUGCCUUCUGUCACACCACUUUCCACCAUGCUUUGAUCACAUGCCUUGAUGUAUCCUGAGCGGGGUACAAUUGCUCAAAUGUAUCACGAUCGGAAUACAUUUGAUUUUAGUCAAUGCAAGGCCAUGUGACCAAGAAUCAGCCUAUGGCAGUCCCUGUUUAGUUGAGUGAAAGUCUAGGAAUAUAACAAUGCAUGUUAAAAAUAUAACUUGGCUUGAUUUGCAUCAUCAAACAACAUCUUUAGCUUGAGUUCAGCUUCACUUCAGAAAGCAAUAUGCUUUAUAAAACAUUGGGGAGCUUAAGGAAUGACGACAGCGAUGGCUACAAAAAUGUGACUUAAAAAGUCAAUUUGCCUGCGUCAAACUUUAUCACGCUUAUCUCAUUCAAUUCAUCAAAGAAUGGUAUUUUUUUCUGGAGUUGAAGUCUAAAAGACUGUAUUGAAGUACAGGAAAAGAAAAAAAAGUCAUUGUGGUGUGUUUACAUUCUCCACAAAAAUAAUGUGAAAUUAGGUAUUUUCACAUCAUAGUCAUGCAGAGACGGCAAAGAAAUGUAUAGAAAAGCAUGUUGUGUCUGCAGAGCUAGUUUUUGUUUUGCCAAUCUAAGCCUAUUCCUUUUUUGCUGUUCUUGUUGACAUCUCCGUUGUCAUUGAAAGAGGGAGUAGGGAAGGGGAUGCCUAACUUGGUAACAUUGAAGUGGAGAUCUGGGAUGACUUCCCUUAUUAUUAUUAUUACCAUUAUAAUUGAUGUACACAAAUGUAAGCUAAUGCCCUCUUGUUGAAGUAGUUAAAACAUUGUUACAUUCAUUUUCAGUCGUCCUAGAUCUGUUGAUGAUGUUGCCUACCAAGAUGAAGUUGUGUCUGUGUUAAAAAAGUCACUUGAGGGAGCAGAUCUUCCUAACUUGCUGUUCUAUGGUCCUCCUGGUACUGGAAAAACAUCCACUAUACUUGCUAUAGCAAGGCAGCUGUUUGGGUAUGCAAUGAUCUUAGUUCUGCCUGUCUUGUAACAGUGUACUACAACCAGUUGCAGAAAUGUUGAGAUACUUUGACAAAAAACCAGCCUUUCUUACUUCAGAUCGCUGCUAGUCACACAUCUAUGAGAUAUAUUACUCACCUCCCCCCUCCCUUCCAUUCAAAGUUGUUCCACUAGGGUUUGAGCAUGGUCUUGUAUUGCUGGCAAGUUUGAUUAGGGGAGGAGGGGGGAUCAUAAGCACAAGGUAAAGUGUCUCGAGUAUUUUUGCAACCUGUUGAAGCUUAAUUAGAUACAUGUCAGGGUUCGAAUCCUGGCAAGCCUAAAUUUUUUAAGGCUUAAAUCUUUUUACAACUUUAUAAGGUGCAUCUUUUACUAUGAUGAUCUUUGCAUUUAUUUCUUGAUUCCACAGAUCCAGUAUAGAAAAUUCAGAUAUUCAUUAGUUUCAUUUUCAUCGGUUGCCAUUGUAUCUAGUCUCCCUCCUAGCCGUUUUAGUCUAGCCAUGCAGAACUCCUCUUAAAACUCAAGUGCAGUUUCCAAACAAGAGCAAGGAGAUCUGAAUAAGUGAAUUUGGGACCUCUGUCCGAGUUCCUUGUGCCAGCAUGUAGUUAGUGAAACUUUCAUUCAGUGAAACACAACUGUUUCAUGUUCAGUCUUGUGAUCAUACUCAAUAAAAUUUUUAAAAAUUUGCAGAGUAACAAACUUCAGAUAAGUUUAUAUGAGGGGAGGGUAGUGAUAUUUCCUGUUAUCUCAUUUUUCAAUGGCUAGAAAUCUUUGAGGGGCCUUCAAACCCCACCUGCAUCAAGCCAUGGUUAUGGGACAACAUCCAAAGUCUUCUACUCCUGCAAACCACUAUGUCCUACAUUAGUUAAUUUUGUUUUAACCACUUUGUCUGUUUUCACUUCUUAGAUCUGACAUGAUGAAAGCACGAGUUCUUGAACUAAAUGCUUCUGAUGAGCGUGGAAUACAGGUUUGUUAAAGUUUGGUAAUAAAGUUGUUCAUUAAUUCAGGGCUUUUAAUGAACUGUGAAGUAGGUAGCUGGUUUUGAGUCAAGUAACCAACUGUAUCAACAAGCUUUGAAGAAAUCUUUCUGUAAUCUCUGUGAAUUAGGGAGAAAAGUAGCCAAGUUCCCUGAAAAAAGUAGCUGGCAAUGUGUAUUUUUUGUGGGUAUCAGUGCUUAUUGAAUGCUGCCAUUUUAAAAUAUCUUGAAGUAAUCUAAACUGGUUAACCCUUUAAACCCCAAUAUCCACCUAUAAAUUCUCCAUACUGAUCUUCAUACAUUUCCUUAAAGAAUUAAUUGAGAGAGUUCAAUAACAGAUCAAAGCAUUUUCUCUUUACUGAUCAUUUUAUUAACUCUCAUAACCAUUUCUCUUGGCAACAUAUGGAUAUUGUUAGGAGAAAAUUGAUGUUGGUCACUAUUGGGACCUAAAGGGUUAAGCAGGGGAUAACUUGUUUUAUGGAUCACAUCUCUAUUUUUUCUCUUCUCAUUUAUGGGAUACAUUACUAGACUAAACUCCCAAAAUUCCUACAUGUACCUAUGAUCCUAGAAUCGCUAUAUAUAUUCAAUAUAUGCCAGGCCAUCUGUUGCUAUUAAACUGCUUUAUGGGUGAAUUAAAUUUUGCCAAUUUCAUUUUUGUAAUUGGCAAUUCCCAGUUUCCCCAGUCUGGAGUAAAAUCUUCAAUCAAUUAUACCCAUUCUAGUCCUAGACUGGCUGAUUUCUAUAUCCUAUCCCAGACUAAAAUGCUUGACAGCUGCACAUACCUAUAUAACCCAUAUACAGAAUUAACCCCACCCCUGGAAAGACAUAUAUCAUUUUGUAAGAAUGUCAAUAAGGAAUCUUAAAAUGGCAUCAUGAUAUGUUAUAUUGAAGGUGGUGAGAGACAAAGUGAAGAAGUUUGCACAGCUGGCAGCCUCUGGUUUACGAGCAGAGUAAGCGUUGCUUUUUGUUUGUUUUUGUUUGUUUCUUAAACAAGUGCCUGGAAAACAUUAAACAAACAAGCAAGUGACUGUUUAAAGUAUUGCUAUUCCACCUUUCCUAUAUUUACUUUGAAACAAAGGUUGAAAUUGAGAAGUUAUUCUUUGCUAUUUCUUAUGAAGUUAUAACCAUUUUCUCUUUUCUUUAAAUCAUUAAUUUUCUAAGCCCCUGAUAAAGACCUGUUUUUUAGACUUGGAAUUGACUUACUGUGUUUAAUUUUUUCUCUCACUAGUGGUAAACCAUGUCCACCUUUCAAGUUGGUCAUUUUAGAUGAGGCAGAUUCCAUGACACCUAGUGCACAGGUUUGAUAUGAUUGUUAAUUUUGUUUGUUGUCAAGUUUUGUCUAAAAAACAUUAACUAGAAAUAAGUAAUCAGGGUUUUCAUUAAGAUGUCAAGUCGCAAGAGAAGGAGAAUAUUCUGAAAGAAGCUCCUCGUCCGAAUAAAAAAAUGAAAGAUUGUUAGCUGGAGAAAUCUGCAUAUUAAACAGAGAAUUCUCCAAUCUCCGAUGCCUGAUGAACACCCUGGAUAAUAGCUAAAUGUUGUAUUCUCACCUUAACGUAGACGCUUUCAUUUAAAAAUAAAAUUAUUGACGCACAUUGUGAGAAGCAAUUUUAGUACAGCCAAUAUUGGUACUAUACUUGCUUAUUCAGUAUUAAGUCAAGGAUUGGUUGGGUCCGUAUUUGUUUACAAGAAUUUAUAUUUGAUUGUCGUAUUAGGCAGCCUUGAGAAGAACUAUGGAGAAACAGACAAAGUCAACAAGAUUUUGCCUCAUUUGUAACUAUGUUAGUAGGUAUGUGCACAGGCUUUUAAUUUGUUGAUUUAUUACAGACAGUGGAACCUUAUUUUUGGGCCAUUCCUGUCAAAAAAAAAACAAAUGUAAAUAUUGUAAUUAAAAUUUUGUUUGUCUAUGAAGCACUUAAGAGUUCUUAAACACUUGUUUAAACGUGUCCCGAGGCAUUUCUGAUUGCAUUGGAAUUUUGAAGUGAAGAAAGAAAAAAACCCAAGUACCUGAAGAAUGGUUCAUGCAAGCAAUGAGAUUGAAAACAAAGCUCUAUGUCUGGAAAGCCUUUCCAUUUGGGAAUGUUCUUGGAAUUUCCAACCAGAAAUUUUGCCGGAUCUUGUUUACUGUGGGUAAUGUCGACUGAGAUAUCGGUCGACAUAGCGGUCGAUAUAGCGGUCGACAGUCGGUCGAUAUAGCGGUCGACAGUCGGUCGAUAGUCGGUCGAUAGUCGGUCGAUAGUGAGAUAGACUAUCGGCCGAGUAUCGGUCGAUAUUUCGUCGACGCACCUCGACUUACUAUCGGUCAUAUGUCGGUGAUGCUUCGGUCAACUGUCGGUGAUAUAUCGGUCAACUGUCGGUGGUAUAUCAGUCAACUGUCGGUGGUAUAUCGGUGAACUGUCGGUGGUAUAUCGGUCAACUGUCGGUGGUAUAUCGGUCAACUGUCGUUCGAAUAUUAGUCGUGUGUUAAUUUAUCAGGUGAGUCCAAUGGCUUUUUUUUUAAGCAAAGACGUCAUUAAUUACUGUUAUCAUGCGAUGAGGGACAUGUGGCAGUGCAAGGCGCGAUUACGCUAUGAAGAGAACCGAAGAGCACUGGGAAAUAAGGACAUGAUAACCUUUUUUUUCCAGUUUAUAUCAUCACCGAUCGUCUGAGUUUUAGCUGUUAAACAGAAUCUGCCUCAGCCUAAGUUAAAUCUGCUGCUCCUGUGGUCCCGCAAAAAUGUAGGAAAAUGUAGCAAAUGCUAAGUCUCGACCGACCAUCGACCGAGUGUCGACCAAUUACUGACCGACACAUCGGUCAAGUAUCGACCAACUAUCGACCAAGUAUCGGCAAAGUGUCGGGGAAGUGUCAGGGAAGUGUCGGCGAAAUGUCGGCGAAAAGUCGGCGAAGUGUCGGUGAACGAAAAGCUAUAUCGGCCGAGACACAUCUGGAACGACUAUCGGCCGUGUCUCGACCGAGUGUCGACCCACUAUCGACCGUCUAUCGACCGCUAUAUCGACCGAGUGUCGACCGAGUAUCGACCGACUGUCGACCGAGUAUCGACCAACUGUCGACCGACUAUCGACCGAUAUCUCGGUCGACAUUACCCAAAGUAAACAAGAUCCAUUUUGCCUAAAUGGAAAGGGCCCUUGGUGUCAGUUUUGAGAAUUGCCACAGAAAACAUCUAGCAGUCGUUUGGUCCAAAAUGGGAGUACAUUGACAAAACUGGAGUUGGUGACCAUCUCAUCAGACAAACUGAACAUGUUGUGGCCCAGUUUUACCCUUGGUUCAGACAUGUAUUACUUGUUUUUUUCUUGACACUUGUCAUACAUUCAUACAUUACCAUGACCCAAAACAAGUCAAGCUCAAAUUUGGAACCAAAACAUACACUCCUGCCAGUAUCCUGCCGGCAUUUUUGACCUUCUAUCAGCUUUUAUCUCAUGUUGAUUUUCCUCUUCUCUCGGCCACCCCACUUGAUACUUCUUUCAAUCUUAGCUAAUCCAAUUUUUAUAUUUAACUCAAAAAUCUCAUCCUAUAAUCCCAUUUUUUUUUUAUUUUUCACAGAAUUAUUGAACCCUUGACUUCCCGUUGUUCCAAGUUUCGUUUUAAACCUCUGUCUACAGAAACACUCGAGAAAAGGCUGAACAUGAUCUGUAAAGAAGAAAAUGUGAAUUGUGAUAACAAGGUAUGGAAAGAUGAUCUGUUCUGAAAAUGGUUGAAAAUAAGUAGUGGUGUUUCAACAAUUCAGCCGCUCAAAUUAGGUCACAUUUUGAUUUAAGUUCAUGGAGUUUUAUUUUAUUUUUUAUACAGGCAAUUCACGAACUAAUAAAAAUUUCGGAAGGAGACAUGCGAAAGGUGUGUAAGACUAGAGAUAAUAGUUUAGUUAGGAUCAGUUUUUUUUUAAUGGGUAAUAUUAUUGUUGUUGAGGCCUUCAUUUUCUUGAGAAGUACAUAAAUAACUUAUUGCAACAAAUGACCUACAGCCUUGUGCCCAGGACCAGUAUCAUAUUAUUUAUGUGCCUGCUUUGUUCAAAUGCACACAUGUCUUGGAAUUAAAAUUUUCCAAGGGGAUUUUUUGAGGCACCUAUUUUUUAUAUAUACAAUAGGGAAAAUUUGCAUUUCAGUUUUGGCUUUGGAGGAAACUUUGUAUCAGCACUAAUUUUUUUUUUACUGUCAAGUCGUCGUUUAUGUUGUUGAUCAUACCCUAGUUGAAGAAAAGGUCGGGUGUGGGGGUGGGGGGAGAGCUUAUUUUGCAGAACUGAUUCUUCCUCAACCUCAGCCAUUUUCUAAUCCAAUUGACUGGAUGUGCCAGCCUCUACACUUUUGUUCCUGGCUUCCUAUCGUUAAACGAUAUAAAUUAUUAUCAUGAUUUUGUAUUUUUUUGGAAGGCCAUAACAUACUUACAGAGUGCUUACAGACUGAAAGGAGAGGACAUAAUUGAGGCUCAUGACAUUACUGAAAUAGCUGGGGUAUGAUACUACAGUUGUUAAAAUUAUUGAGACCCUCUUGGGGGAGUGGGGGAGUAUGUAUGUCCCUAAUCUGAAUUUCGAAUUGGUUGUUUCACGUUUUGAGGAGUAGGCCAUAUCCCUGUCAGUAUUUAACCCAUCUUUAUGUUGUUUGUUGCCAUUUCAUCUAUUCUUUUGUCACAGUUUUAAGGCCAUUGUUACCCUAACAGGGCCUCAUUAUUACAUUAUUUUAGAACUAUCACGGUGGGGCCAAACCACCCCUCAAAUGUUGCAUUUAGACUGUUUUUGGAUUUUUUGGUAAGUCUUGCACCAAACUUUACAGGUAGCCUUCGAAAAGUAAGCUCAUAAAUUUACGCCGUUUUUUGACGUGUGAUGUCAAAUUUUGACGUCAUAAUCUAUGACGUCACAAAAAUGGUUGUGAUCAAAUUCGGAAAUGUACAAAAAUAGCUAUAUCAUGUGAAAGGGCUUUAUGGACAGUAAAAUACUGAAAACACUAUCUCGCUACGACAAAUAGAACAAAAGUUAUGACAGUUUAAAGACUAUUUAGUUCCCCGAACCAUACUUUUCUUCUAAAUAAGACUGCUCCGAUCUAAUUUUUUCAUUUUUGCCCCAAAUAAAGUGAUAUUCUAGUAAAGUAAACCUUUCAACGCUCCAAAAAAUCGUAUCAUUUUAGAUUUUUGAAUUUGGACUUUAAAACGCUUAUCUAAACACAACAAAAAUGGUCACGUGAUUUUGGUAUGACGUAAAUAAACUGUUGGUGUAAGCAUCCUCUCACAUACCCUUUUUCUUGUCUUUUAGCUUCGGGCAAUAAAGAGUGUCAAUGUAAAACUUCAAUUUUUGUGCAAAAAGAACACUAAAGUACUUAAAUUUAUGAUUUUUGCGAAAAGGGGGGAACUCUUUCCAGCCUGUGAAUAAUUAUCAAAUUCAAAACGUCAUAUCUCAGCAAGCUUUUAAGCUAUAUAAAAAAUUUUUGCAACCUUCUUCUAUGCUUGACGAGAUCUUUUUAAAACGCGAUAAAAAAGUGGAAGAUUCAAAACUCUAAAAUUUAAUUAUCAAUGACGUCAUCAAUUAUGACGUCACAAUUUUACAUGAAUUGUUGUAGUGCACACCAAUUUGAUUGGCUCGUUCUUUUAGAAUUAGCGGCCAAGUCUCGUACACAAAGAACAAAUACAAACAAAGUUAUUGUGGAUUGACCAAAAAACCCACGUUUUUGUCGCACAUUCGAGGGGUGGUUUGGCCCCACCGUGUAUGUAACCCAGAGUUCAGUUAUUUUUUAAUCUGCUCAUGGGCACACAAGGAAAGUUAAUGGGUAGUGGUGUGCAGCUGAGGCCUUCACAGUCUGACCCUGCUUAAGAUUACAGGCCUUAUUUUACGACCCUGAUUCAUUUCGUUUUGAAUACAGAAUUAAGUAAUUUUUCAAACUAAAAUCAUGGAAUUAGAUGUUUUGAGAAAAGUGUUGGUACCAUGAAUGUAGACCUCUUGUUGCCAACCUUCACAUUCUUUUGAAGGCUACUGGUCUAGAAAGACACCUUAUUCAAGAUGCUAAAUGAUGAAAUUGUAUACCCUGAAAAGACCCUGAAAACCAUACCCUGUUCAGCAGCACAUGCCUGUGUAGGUCAAUAAGGGAUCCCCAUCCCCUUGGCCCCCAACCAGGUUCAUUUCCAACAAAAUCACUAGCCAGAGUUGUUUAACAGUAGAAGGACUUCAAAUCUCUGACACCAUUUUUGUUUGAAGCUUCUUGCUGACACUUUUGCCCAUCCAAUGAACUUUCAGGUUGUUCCUGAUGAUAUGGCUGACAAACUUUUUGCAGCCUGUGGUUCUGAUUCUUUUGAAAAGCUGGACUCUACAGUGAAAGUGAGUAUUAUUAUGAUUGUUGUGCUGUAUCAUGCCUGUCUGCUUUUGUGUUUGCAAAGAAGGACGAAAGAUGGGAGCAGUCCAAAAAUGUUCAUUAGUAGGGUUCAAACUUGUACUUGCUGUUAAAACUGUCAACAACCUUAGGCAUACAUAGUGCAUUACGUUAAGCACAUGUUUUCAACUAGAGAGCCUGUAUUGACCUGUAUUCUUAGACAGAGUGUUAAAAACAAAGUGUUUUGGGCCUUAAAAGUAUCUUACAGAUGAUUGUUGCACUUCCUUAUUGUUUUCCUUAUUAAAAAGGCCCUUAAGUGUGAAACUUGAUUGGUAACAAUAAUUGUGUCAGUUUCAAGAAAGUUGUCAGAAAUUACUUAGGCCCGGUUUAGACGCCGCUCCACUUAUGUGCCGAACCUAACUGAUGAAUUAAAUAUGGCAAAAGAGCGGCGUCUGAAUCAAUUUGGUGCUGCAGUUUUAGUUUGGUGUGGCAAAAGCGUAAAGUUCGACAGAGGCUGUCGAACUUUUGUCGAACUUAACUUAAGCUAGACACACGGUGUGCCGUCUGAAUCGGAUGCCGCGCCAGUGUCGCUCCAAAGACGAACUUAUUCAAUCAGGUUCGGCACAUGAAAAGUACGGUGUCUGAACCAGGCCUUAGCCUGCAAAGCAUGCAUAUUUUGCAGUGCCAACGAUGAUACUAAUGAUCUUCCACCAUCUUGGACAUUGAAUCUGAUAGAGAGUUGGGGCGAGUCUAAAGCCUUAAGGUGGCUGUCUGGGCUGCAGGCUAGUAAUUACUAUGAGAAUUAAUAUUUUUGUCCAGAUUGGGUGUCUUGUGGGAAACCCUGGACCCUCGCCAUAGUUCUGCCACUGAAUGCCAUGGACCAAUCCCCUAACUACUAUGCAUUAUGCCAGUGGUUCAGCAUGAGCAAGAUGAUUAAAUGUUAUAGCAAUUUGGGAACAAACCGUUUUCUUGGCUCAGUUACUGAGAUAUGUUCUCUUGAAAUCAUAUCAACAGGAAAUCAUUGCCGAAGGACACGCUGCAGCCCAAAUAAUAAAUCAGGUAUAGCACAGCCUAGAAUAAAUUAUUAUUUUAACUGUGUAUAUUUCAUUGAAUAAGAAAAUUAAAAACGUGGUUAUUAAAUUAUCCUUUUUCGCAUGCGGCUGACCCAGAGUUUUUUCACCGCCCAAAUAAUGCCUCUUGUUACUACAAAAUAUGUAUAUUUAUAAGUAAGACACAGAUUUGAUGGAACCUAAACCAUUAUAUAGGCGCUUGUUUUAGGCAUCUUACUAAUGAACAGUUAUAUUCAGAUUUUCCAGCAAUAACAAUUGUGGCCUCAGUGACCCCUUCAAAUUUAUUGAGUUUUUUUGUAGUAAUUGUCUUGAGAAUUUCUUAUUUCCCCCAUUUCUAAACAGACAAUUAUCUUCGUGUUUGUUUGUUUGUUUUUGUUUUUAGGUUCAUGACAGAAUUGUUGAAAUGAGCGAAUUGAAUGACCAUCAAAAAUCUGCGAUCUUGGAGAAAUUAGCUGUAAGAUAUUAGGGAGCUUAAGCAACAACGUUUUUGAGCGACGCACGUCAACCGGAAGUGGCCUUUUUUCAUUUUUUGACGGUGGUUUCGCGCAAAUUUUCAGUCAAAUCGCCUCUAUAAUAGUAAAGAAGCUAAGGAAUACAAAUUUUAUAUCAUCAAGGCAUGUUAAGAGGGAAAAUACCUCACUUGCGGUUGACGUGCGUCGCUCAAAAACGUCGCUGCUUAAGCUCCCUAUUGACUUGUACUUUGCUUAAAUCUCUUUUCUGCACAACUAGCCCAUACAACUUAACAUUAAUCCUUUAAGCCCCAAUAUCCAUUUACAAAUUCUUUAGACUGAUCUCCAUACUUUUCCUUAGAGAAUCGGUUAAGAGAAUUUGUUUUUAGAUCAAAGCUCUGCCCAUCAUCAAUGGUGAUUUUUUUCCCAUAAUCACCAUUUUUGCCAAAUUCGCCAUUUUCGCCAAAUUCACCAUAUUUUUAUUCGUCGAAAUCGCCAUUUUCUAGGAGGCCCCUUUGCCACUUCAUUUGAAUUUUUCCCCAAUUUUUUUGAAAACUUGGCCAUAUUCGUCGAAAUCGCCAUUUGCCAUAAGGCCCCUUUGCCAUCUCAUUUGAUUCUUUGCUAUGAGUUUAAAAUUUGCUAAAACUUUGGCAAUUUUUUUUUCCAGAUUCGACAGUUUCUUCAAAAUUGCCCCUUUUGCCACCGCAUUUGAAUAUUCCCCAAAGUUUCACGAGCCAGGCAAACGCAGACCAUAAUCAUGCUGUUUGGCAACUGUUGCUUCAGCAAUCAACUUGCAGGUUAAUGUCUCUCUGUUCUUUUCGUUUUUUGUUUUUUGUUUUUUUAGAUUGUCGACAAAUGUCUGUGCGAUGGUGCGGAUGAGUACUUGCAAGUGCUUAGCCUGUGCUCAGUUAUGAUGCAACAAUUUUGUCAUGCCGGGCAAACAUGAACAGUUUGGUAUCAAGAGACUGAAUACAGAGCAAGACAGCGUCACGCGAACAAUGAUAAAUAAAAAUUACUUUUAGGUCUUAUUUGCAUAUACAGCGUAUUCUUAGUAAUAAACAG